AUGUACUACCUCACGCAAAUAGUCAAGCCGUGCCCGUCCACUCUCUGCUCUCUGCGUGCACGUGCCAAUAAAAACGCGAUUAUUUGGCUCUCGGUCUUCAUAACUACGUCCGAGAAUGACUCACAGACUCGCCAGGCCCAGGAUCCGGCCAAAUCUGAAACUGACCAACACUCUAAAUACAUUAGUGAGACGUCCCAGGCAUCCACCAGCUGCGUAGGUAUUCCAAGGCCACAAGAAUCUAUGUUGUUAAAUUCAAAAUUUCACCGCAUCACCGUAGGUUCUGCAAAGACGGAGCCUGUCAGCACAAAAGCUUCUAAAGAGAUUGAUACCAAUGUGCACAUGCCAAGUUAUUUAUCCAUUAGUACUGCUGAGCCGUCGAGCAAUGGGACAACCACGACUAUUCAGGAAGACUUAAAUAGUCAAAUAAGCACCACGUGUGAACUCAUUAAACUGCAAGAUUACUCCCUCCCACAUUACAAGAGCACUGUGCUGUUAGAGCGGUUGAACUUUAUGGCUAAUCCAUCUGAUAAGACGCCGACCACCCCUACUACUCGAAAGAUCAUAGGCUGUCCCAGUACAGCAGAAAAGCUGCAGAUUGCUAUGAAUGGACCUGAUUUACCUGCAACUCCAACACUUGUUUCGAGGCGUGACGUUACGCACUUGGACCUGCAAGAGUCCCUCACACCAGAGGAGGAGUACUUCAUCACUAAUUGCGAGCUAAAGAAGCUUGAUUAUAUUAUGACUACCAUCAAGGACUACUUCCUGACUAAAGGAGCAACAACCCACCAGCAGUCUCAGACCUCUUUGACCCGGGACUAUAUCACCAUGUCCUGCUACAACAUAGAGCUGACGGCAAGCUACUACUAUAAGCGGUUCUUUCUAACAGGAAGUGUUCAUGACUACGAUACGUUCUACAUCCUCUUGGGGUGCGUCCUCCUUGCAGCAAAGGUAUCUGGAGCUCCCAGGACAUUCAACUGCACCAAACCAUCGUUUUUUGCAAAGCUGUUUGCGAGUUCCACCAAUCAAGGAACAGAUCACUUCGAGAAAACCCUCAAAGAAACAGAGGAGUGGAUAUACAUGCGACUUGGAUACGACCUUUGCACAACAAGCCUGCUGGAUCUCUUUGUCUCCGAAGGGUGCCAAUUGUUUUUUGCCAUUAACGACGAUGGAAGUGACAUCUCUCUAGCCUCUGACGACAGCUCAAUGAAGAAGUCUACUGACGUCCUUGGCCCCAGCACACUGAUGGGUAACGAGACACUCUCGCCAGCUGUCUAUGGAGAGCUAGACAUCAAAGGCAGUGAUCAGCAUCCUAAGUCUAUUGAAUCUUUUCAAGAAGGCCAGCAGAACUUAGGCCAGAUUUGCGUUGCUGCAGAUACCGACCUACGCGUAUCUUCUCUCAACAUAGUGCCCUCUAAAAUCAUCUGCAGCAAUAGUGAAAGCAAGGAAUGCAAGUCAAGCACAUGCAAGGCUUCCUCUAAGAGUCCGAUCUUCGAGUGUCACGGUAGACUUGAGUCUAGCUCUCCCAGCGCAGUUGCUUCCUCAGGACGGGAGUGCUCUCAGACAGGGGGGAUCAGUCCUCGUAAGUGGCCUAAACUGGAUACAAACUGCAUACCGGUCAGUAGUGCGCUUUGUUCCCCAUCCAAGCCGAUCUCACCCCACAUUAGUCGUCGACUUCACUGUCAGCAGGACAGGUGUUCUUCUUGCGCACUGGCACCUUCAUCCUUCAUAAAUCCGUCAUCUAUGAAUGUCACUAAAGACACUGUGGAACACAGCUUACUGUCCUCCACCAUUGAAAAGGAAUCAACCAGCAGCCGCAAAAUACCUAACCAGCAGAGUCCCGUGCGUGCCAAUCGCGCUAACAUCAUCUCAGAUGCGAAUAUGAACAUAUCUGAUUUAAAUCUGAGCAACAGCAUUGACAGUCAAUUGAGUAGCUCUCUACUAGACCAAGCAUAUCUUUUCCCAACCUCUUUCUCGUUAAAGGGUGUCAAAUUUGCUAAGCUUCUACACACCGGAAAACGAUCCAAAUCUGCCGGCGCUCUCCAGCUUCUAGAGCUUGGACACGGUCCGCAAAACAAUAAACUUGUUCACACUCAGAACUUUUAUGUGCGUCCCUUUGCAAAAUCUGCUACUUCUUCACCUUCCAAUGCAUCAACUUUCACGUAUGAGACCACGAACACACAGAUGUCACCGACUUCUAAACAGAGCAACAAAGACCCUUCAGUUUCUAUCUCGUCAUCUUUCUCCACAGACUUCCUUCCAUGGGACGGCAGUAAGUUCGAGGAAAACCUGUCUGGCACUAUUAGAAACAAGCCUCUAUUGAACAUUUCUAAUAAGGACAGAUUGACUAUAGCAUCGUCACAUACUAAGCCCAUGCCGGAUGAUAUGCUUGCACCUCACGUACUCCUGCACAAAGCCUAUUCCAAUCAGAAGACGCACACCUUCCCGUGUGAAACAGCACUACUGGCCCCAGUUCAACUGCCUAGAGAUUCUAAUUUAACAGUCAAGCUUGCCAAUUUUGCCAAGGAAGUCACUGCACAUGAUCCAGGUAAGUCUCUAGAGUGCAACGAGGUUCUUUGCAAAAGUCCAUCCAAGAAGGCAAAUGUUCAGCUGCAAAAGCUUUCUAAAAGAGCCUGCAGGAAGAAGGAAAGAGCCGCUUCGUUCUUGCCAUGUCCUUCUGAAAGUCCCAUGUCUACAGGAAAGAUAUUGCCAGACGGAAAUAUGCCGUCUCCACAAGCAAUCCAGUAUGUCCCUCCUGUUCAGCUAAUGCAGAAGUGGGCCCCAUCCAGAUCAGCAAGUUUAAAGGUGCAGGACUCCAGCCGUUCCACAGUUCCCAUUUCUGCCGAACCACAACCCCUCCUGGAGCAUGGCACUUACCAUGAUAGCUCUGCUGAGCAUGGAACGGACUCGAACCCGGGCACUUCAUUGUGCAAGACGGCGUGCCCAUCCCACUGUGCUACUCACAUGGCUGGCGAAGAUAUACUUCUAGAGAUCCCCACACCACGCAUACAGUCUCAUAAUCAUAAUCGGGGCCCAGAUAGUAACCAGACAUCCACCGGAACAACGACUUGCCCCGUACACUUAUUGCACUCUUCUGUCAGUCGACUCCUGAGGAUAAGCAGCAUGCUAAUACCGGUUGAUUAUAUGUUUGUUUCUGUGUCAACUCCAAAGCGCUGGACAAAGAAGCUUGUUGAUACACGAAAUGGUAUAAGGACAGCAUCGUAUACCUGCAAGCGUUCAUGUGUUAGUCCUGUCCAUAUUUCCUCUACGUUUAAAAUAUCCACCUCAUCGAGCUUGGUCAGCUUUUUCAUGUUACGACACCCCAACAAAACUAUUAAUACUAAAAUUAUGGCUCGUUGUUCACAGGGCUUUUGGUGGAAGGUAUUCAACAAUUCAGUUUUUCUAGCAGUGCAACUUGAGAGCAUAUCCCCAAUCUCGUACAUAAAGAGGCUGGCUCAAACCAAGAAGAAAAGUGCUCAAGAAAAGGCCAAAUCAAAGGCUAGCCGCACCAAUGUAGCAAAAAGUUUACAUGCUAAGGACCUGCUAAUGGAGAGCCUCUCUAGUGACUGUCAAUAUGAGUAUUCGGAUAUUAUCUCGAUAGAGCCAGACAGUGACACCUUUACCACGCUGACGUCAACCUCGCUUCACUUAGUCCACUCUGGCACUCAGCAACAGAAUCUGAGCACUGAUAAGCACACCCACCCACUAGAGCCACAGCACAGUGAUAUCAGCAUUGAUGCUCAUCAUACCAUACCUUGCGGCAGAGCGUGUGAUGCAAAGGAUUGGUCGUCUGUUUCUGAACAGAUGUAUAAGCUGAGUCUCACCUCCUACCAAAAUGUGUCUUUUUCUGGUGAGGUUCAUACACGCACUACCUCUUUCAUUGGCUCAAACGUUUCAUCACAGAAUGAACUGGUGGACAUACACUGUCAGCCCGAGGCCCUUCCAUGCUACAUCUCUCUGCAGUUCCAGCCCCAGAACCAGUGUCCACAGCCUAUGCAUACUAAGCUGCCGGGGGUUCCUUACCCGUCGGCGUUGCACAAGACAUUAACUUUUCGCAACAUCUCCACUGUCUCAGCUGUCUUACAGGACCAAAGUUUUUCUGAUGAUCACUAUAUCAAGAAGCUGAUAUCUUCCAAAGCAAAAACAAAGCUACAGGACCUUACCUCAAUUGAGUUUUCGCUUGUUAUGCAAUACAUUUUAUCAACCCCGUCUAUAAUAGAAUACCUUGUCGAGUCCUGCGGACUUGUAAAGUUUGAAAGGGUCUAUAGCCUGGCCCACUCCACACUUCAGCAUCAGAUUUACAGUCUUACGUGCUUUGGAUCUGUUGAGGAGAAAAAGCGUGCUUCACAGCUAACUCCUGACAACGUUUCCUUGCUUGCGUUCAUUUUUGCGGCUUCAUACGCAUACUCUUUAUGUUUCAGAUAUACAGACAUGUUAAUUUUAUUCUCCAAUGCCAGCAUCUCUGUCUUUUUGAUGGCAGAAUCCCUUUUAUUGCUAUACAAUAAAAUUAUUCCCUAUGUGCUAAUGUACACGGAGAGUAUCUGCAAGAGAAACAACCCUCACAUCGCACGCAGUGGCUCGUGCAGCCUAUCUACUAUGAGCCCAGCCAACCUACCUCUACGCCCAAUUCCCAGCAAUGUAUCGUUUGUAUCCAAAUUAGACCAGGCACAGAGUAGUACCACCAAGUCCAAACUCUUACAUGUAUCAUUCAGUGGUCCUCAAUUGACAAAGCAAUCUACUAAGGAUCUUGCCUCGGAUUGUGGUCUCGAUAGUGAGUCGCCUAACAACACGGCUUCAUCUCUCUCUGCAUCUUCUUCGUUGAAAGCAUCAGACAAGCAAGUGCUUUCUGCUGAGGCGGUCCACAAGAUUCUCUCAGCCAAAAGUGGGACCCCAAUCCUCCGGGCGUCUCUAUACAAUUCCAUCAUUGGCUAUCAGGAGCCCCAAAACACAGAUAUUCCUGUCUCCGACACCUUUAUGUUUCGAAUGGGCGGGCAGCAGUAUUCCAUGAUUUCAGCCGAGGACGCCUCACAGAGACUAGGGCCCCUUUCCACUCAAACCUCCUUUGAUGGAAGCCGAAGCGUACUGAGUAGUAAGAAGGACACAUCAGACGACCUAUAUAGCAUCAUGAAGGUGGCGUUCUUCAUAAUAGAUACCUAUCCUCAUCACAAGAAGCUCCGGGCCCACCAGCAAAAUCUUUCAACUACCAUCUGUGACCUGAAGAAGAAACACUUUGGUUUUAUGUACACUGCCCUUAAGCAGCCCGGGUCCUCAGAACCCAUCUCCAUCUCACAGUACAUGACCGGAAUUAACGAUAUUUUUGAGUUAAUGUAUGCAAAGGUUUUUCCCAGAUUGAAAUUUUGUCAAUAUUUUAUUAAGCAACCGGGGACAGUUUUUCACGACAUUCGGUAUUGGCAGAUGGUGCUGAAGCUGGACAUAGACAAAAAGCGAUACCGUGAGCUGCGAUCUAUGUUGCCAAACGCUCCUAAAGAGCAGCAAAUUAGCUUAAAGCAGCGGAUGAAUGACAUUUUAGCAAAAUGGAACAUUGCAGACGAUAGCUACUGGGAUGAAUCCGACAGCUACUAG